UUACCCCCGAUUUAUUCACCAAUCCCGAUUCGUUAUCCGGAUUCCACAGCCACAACAUUGGUUUUGACAAUUGAAAUCCCGCCAAGUUCCAAACACCACUUUUCGAUUUCGCCCAGAAUUCGAUGUUUUCUAGACGGCACAAAUGAAUAUCUGAAUUUUAUCGACUGCAAGUUAAUUUAUUCGCUUGUUUUUCCGAUUGAAAUCACUAGGGUUUUGAAGAAACUUUCAGUCUAGGGUUUUGGUUUGAUAAUUUGCUUCAGAAAAAAAUAAAAAUAAAAAUGAAUCUGGGCGAUCUCAACAAGGUUUGGGAAAUCAAACCCCUCAAGAAGGUUGGAGAAGAUGAGGCUAGGAAGAUCCUAGAGAGAGUCGCGAAACAGGUUCAACCCAUCAUGCGUAAACACAAUUGGAGAGUUAAGCUUCUCUCCGAAUUCUGUCCGAACAAUCCAUCUCUUCUGGGGUUGAAUGUAGGUGGUGGUGUGCAUGUAAAGCUUAGGCUUCGAAGGCCAAACAGGGAUUGGGAUUUCUUCCCUUUUGAUCAGAUUCUUGACACAAUGCUGCACGAACUUUGCCACAACGUGCACGGUCCUCACAAUGCCAGUUUCUAUAAUCUCUGGGACGAAAUCAGAAAGGAGUGUGAGGACCUAAUGAACAAGGGCAUAACUGGUAGUGCAGAGGGAUUUGAUCUUCCCGGGAGGCGUUUGGGUGGUUUCUCCCGUGCACCUCCUCUUCCCGCUCUGCGCCAAACGGCAGUAGCUGCUGCAGAAAAGAGAGCACGCUUGGGGUCUCUCCUACCAUCUGGGCCUAAACGCCUUGGUGGUGAUAGCUCAAUAAUGGUUGCACUUAGUCCAAUACAAGCUGCUGCAAUGGCUGCAGAAAGGAGAUUACAGGAUGACAUAUGGUGUGGCUCCCAGUCUUGUGAAGUAUCUGGGGAAUGUGAAAUUAAUUCUGAUAUCUCGGAGAAGACUGUUUAUGUGGGGCAUAGUGCUGGAAACUCGAGCCUUCAAAAUGGUUUUGAUGCACAAGCUGCAGAUGCAACAGCACGAAAAAGAAGUCGUGAAAACAAUUCAUUAUCUCAGUCAUUUAAUGGUCAUCCAAAAUCCAGUUUUGUUGAUUUAUCCACAGAUGCUUCUACUUCUGGAACCAUGCUUAAUCAUGCUGCAACACACAAUACAGAAGAAUUCACAAUGUGGGAGUGUGUAUCUUGCACCUUGUUGAAUCCACCUCUGGCUCCUGUAUGUGAGCUUUGCAGCACCCAAAAGCCCAAAGCUGUAGAAAACAAGUACAAAAUCUGGUCAUGUAAAUUCUGUACCCUGGAAAACAGCGUGAAGGUAGAGAAAUGCACAGCUUGUGGGCAGUGGAGAUAUUCUCAUGGCUUACCUGUGGCUACUUUUGCACCAAAUCUUGGCACUUGAGGUACUACUUGAAUUGCUUAAAAAGUCUGUCCAUCAUUCAAAGUUGCCAGAAUUCCAGUUAUUUUGUUAAUGAACUCUUUGUAUUGGUGGUUAUGCUCAUUCAGCAGGAAUUGAGAACGUUACUGUUCAGUUUGAUCAAACCGACUUUAUGUUCAUAUCCUUGGUCAUUUUGUGUUUUCUCAUUUCAAAUGUGUGGUGGUUUGAUUUAUCCGUGUAGUAUUGUUUUAAACCUUUUAAACUAUACAUAGCUGUAUGUAGAUCUCAGCCAAACUGAGGUUCUCACGAACAUAGGCAAUUAUGAUGAAUUUUGAGCUGAGAUUUUGAAAUGGCCUACAUGUGUUGAUGAUAGUGAGACCACGCGCACUUGUUGUAUCAUGCUUGGAUUUUAUUUUAAUUGGGGAGCAAGUUUUAGCCUUUUCUA